ACUUAUUUAUUCUGUAACUUUUACCGUUUCCUUUAGUUAUGAUAGUUAAAGAAAGCUAAGUUUUUUACGACAACGAUUCAGUAUUCGAGUGGAGUCUGAGCUUGUAACAUGGCUCGCCUUUCACGUCUUCAAGUCGUGUUUACGUUAGUUAUAUUAGGAACACAUGGCAAACAUGUUGUCAAACGAAGUUCGAGCGAAAUAAAGUGCUAUGAAAAUGGACGGUUUUACAGAAAUCCCGACCGAGCCGACGACGUAAUCUGGACGAGCGACGAAUGCUCGCGGUACUACCUCUGUUUGGACGGCGAAGUGUUCGACUUCCAAUGCACCAAGGGACUGUUGUUUGACGUCAAUCGGCAACUGUGUGACAUGCCGCAAAACGUGCACAACUGUGAAGUAACGACAGAGACAGUGAUACCAAAACCGCAGCUGGAGAGCGCUCACUGCGCCAAUGAGACCCACCUCGGGUGUGCUGAUGAUGUCUGCGUGCCAGCGGAAUACUUCUGCGACGGCUCCAUGGAUUGCGACGAUGGCUCCGAUGAGGGUUGGUGUGAUGUCAAAUCCGACCCAAACUCGGCAGCACCGUGCGAUCCCGGUCUAUGUCUCCUACCAGAUUGUUUCUGCACAACUAAUGGCACUGAAACGCCUAACAACCUUGUACCAAGCCAGACACCUCAAAUGAUCACCCUAACAUUCGACGGUGCAGUAAACCAUGAAAACUGGGACAUUUACACGCGACAGUUGUUCACGGCGGAGCGCACGAACCCCAACGGAUGUCCUAUUAAAGCGACAUUCUUCGUCUCUCACCCGUACACCAAUUACCGGCACGUGCAGAAACUGUGGAACGACGGUCACGAGAUUGCUGUCCACUCAAUCACUCACCGUGGUCCAGAAGAAUGGUGGUCCAAAAACGCGACUAUUGAGGAAUGGUUCGACGAAAUGGUAGGCCAAGCGAACAUUAUUAACCGAUUCGGUCGAGUUUGGAUGGAAGAUUUCAGAGGAAUGCGAGUACCGUAUUUGUCGGUGGGCUGGAACAGGCAGUUUCUCAUGAUGCAGGAGUUUGGGUUCGUGUAUGAUGCUACAGUGGUGGCGCCCGUCUCCGAUCCACCGUACUGGCCUUACACAUUAGAUUACAAAAUGCCUCAUAAUUGCGCUGGUAACAAUCAAUACUGCCCAACAAGAAGCUACGCUGGGGUGUGGGAAAUGGUGAUAAAUCCUCUGAUAGACGGUGGGCACACGUGCGCCACGCUAGAGUAUUGCCCCUCCACUCUCAGCGGAGACGAUGUCUAUAACGUACUCAUAAACAAUUUCAAGCGACAUUAUUUGAAGAACAGAGCACCGUUUGGGAUACACCUCAAUUCUACCUGGCUGAAGAACAAUGAUUAUCUCAAUGCCUUUAAGAAAUUCACUGAGGAGAUACUAAAGCUGCCGGAUGUAUAUUUCGUAACAUACCGCGAAGUCAUCGACUGGAUACGGCGACCGACACCAGUUUUACAACUCAAGAAGUUCCAACCCUGGCAGUGCAACAAACGACAAUUUGCAGAAUCAGAAAUCGCUUGUAGCAAACCUAAUACUUGUAAACUACCCUCCAAAGUGUUGGAACACGAUAAAUACAUGAUCACUUGCAUGGACUGCCCGAAGAGUUAUCCGUGGAUACGAAACGAAUUCGGAUUCGAAUAAACGUAUAUUUACUUUUAAAUUGCAUAAAGACAAAGAAUAUACCUUAUAGACAAAUUGAAGUUACCAAUAUCUUAUAUGUUUUGUACAUUUUUUAGUUUUAAGAAUACAUAGAUUAGGAGUUCAUUUGUAUUGAAAAGAUAAUUACUUGUGUUGCAGUUAAGCUUUAAGUGUUGUGAAAUCUAACUGUUAAAUACAAUCAAGUAAAUGGAGCCUAAUUUAUCUUUAAGUUAAGAUUUUAAUUUAUUCUCUUGUAUCAUAAGUUUUGAAUGAUGUAGUGUGCUUGUAUGGUUGAUUAUCGUAUUAUAAUUUAUUAUUUUAUGUUUUUUUUAUAAUAAAAUAACUGAAGUAUAAUAUUUUUA